GCACGACGCUAAAAUCUCCCUUGCUGAAAAUUCAUUAAACUUGUCUCUCUUUAGGGCCGGGCAGGGGGUGUGCUUCCGACAAACUUGAGCGCAACUAGCUAAAGAGAACAGAAAGUAAAAACUCACAUGUUCCGUCCGCAGUUGCCUCUGGAACCCGAUCAGGCGGUGAAUCCGAAAUUAUGACACUGGGCGAUUAAAGGGAAAGAAAUCUGUACCGUGCAAAGGGUAUUUUCAACCGACUGUAAAGAACUCUCCGGUUGCUAGCAAGUUAGCUAGCCGAAGACGGUUGUUUGAGGCAUGGAUUUGGAGCGACAGAAGCGUAAGGAAGACAUCCAGAAAGCCCUGGGAUUCAUACAGUCAUCUUUGCCAUUCCCAGAUCCAGAAAAUUAUGAGCUCUUUCUCACGCAGCUGGUGUGCAACCUGCUGGAUGAGGGGAACACGGUUUUUCGGGACGGGGACUUCCGGCAGGCGGCGGUGCAUUACAGCGAGGGGGUGAGCGUGGCGCGCUACGCGCAGACGGAGGCGCUGGUCAUCCCGCCGGGGCUGCUGGAGAGCCUGUAUGUGAACCGGGCCGCGGCGCACUACGACACCGGGGAGUACGAGCGGGGCGUGCAGGACUGCGACAGCGCGCUGGCCGUGUGCGAGGGCAGCCGCAGGGCCCUGUACAGGAAGGCGCUGUGCCUGCGGGAGCUGGGCCGGCUGAAGGAGGCCUACGAGUGCGGCACCGGCUGCCUGCUCAUCACGCCGCACGACAGGCAGGUGAGUGAUCUGGCCCAGGACCUGGCCAAUAAACUGGGGCUAAAGAUCCGCAAAGCCUACGUCAGCCUGCAGACGGACUCUGCCACAGCCGUAGGAGAAAGCAAUGGAGACACGGCGCCCCCUACAGCAGAGAUGGCUGCUAAUGGUCUGGACUCUUUAAAUGGCAUUUCAACAGUGGAUUUGAGCAGCGCCCAGUGCAUCCCCGCCCCCCUGGCCACGCCCAUUCCUGUCAGCGACGAGCAGUCGCCCACCUCCGUGGCCCCCCAGGACCUCCCGGAGAGCCCGUGCCAGGGCCUGCCGCGGGUGCCGUACUCCGUGCCGGUGUCGGAGCACCUGGAGGAGUGUGAGGUCAUCAGCGGCCAGAUGGACGGCCUGCUGGACUGCCUCUCUAAGGGCGCAGAAGUCAGCGUGCCUGUGCAGGGCGCCAUCCCCACCAACCUGCCCAACACAGCGCUGUGCCUACGCUCGCCCUACGUGUCUAGCCGGCCCCACGCCCCCUCGUCCCCCCAGCCCCCCGCCCUCUUCUCCGGCUCCGUGGAGUCCUACGGCGGCCGGGGCGCGGGCGACGCCUCCACGCAGGCGCAGGACGCCAUCGACCCCUACGGCCCCGGGGCGGGCACGGCGUGCACGGGCGGAGCCGGGGGGCUGGACUCCCUGUCUGAGUUCACCAUGCCGGGAGGAAGAAUUUCUCACAAUUUCAUCCCCGGACUUCGUAAUCACAACUCCUCCCACACUGUGAGCAAGCAGAACAGCCCCGCUGGCACCAACCUCUCCCUGCUCUCUCGAAACCCCCUGGCGGCCACUCACGAGUUCCGACAGGCGUGCCACGCCUGCUACAGCCGAAUAGGUCCCCGGGUCAUGGACUAUCAGUACCAGCCCGACGCUGCCCACCGCUGCAAGCGGGACGUCCUGCUGUGCCGGCUCAAAGGGCAGGAGGACACCUCCUGGAAGAGGAUCCGGCCCCGCCCCGCCCGCAACAACUUCCUGGGGGCGUUCGUGCUCUGCAAGGAGGUGCAGGAGCGGCAGGAGUGCAAGUACGGGGAGAACUGCACCUUCGCGUACUGCCAGGAGGAGAUCGACGUGUGGACGCAGGAGCGCAAGGGCGCGCUGAGCCGCGAGCUGCUGUUCGACCCGCUGGGCAGCACCGAGAGACGGGCGCUCAGCGUCACCCGCCUGCUGCAGCUGCACAUGGGCAUGUUCAUGUUCCUCUGUGAGGAGUGUUUUGACAGUAAGCCUCGCAUCAUCAGUAAGCGCAGUAAGGAGAACCUGGCCGUCUGCUCCAACCUCACCGCCCGCCACCCCUUCGACGACAACAAGUGCCUGGUGCACGUGGUGAGGUCUGCCAACGUGCGCUACAGCAAGGUGCGGCCGCUGCACCCGCUGUGCCAGUUUGACGUGUGCCGGCACGAGGUGCGCUACGGCUGCCAGCGCGAGGACAGCUGCUCCUUCGCCCACUCCGUCAUCGAGCUCAAGUGCUGGGUGCUGCAGCAGGACACCGGUAUCACCCACGAGGAGAUGGUUCAGGAGUCUAAGAGACACUGGCACAGGCUGGAGCAGAAUGCACAGAGGCAGAAGGGCCACCAGCCCAUUCACAUGCCACACCCCCAUACUGGGGGCGGCGUCACUGAUGUCAUGGGAGGUGGAGGCGGGGGUGGAGGAGGAGGAGGAGGCGGUGGAGGUGGGGGAGGAAGAGCCAAGGGGCUGAACCUGAAGAUGAAGUUUGUGUGUGGCCAGUGCUGGAGGGAUGGGCAGGUCAACGAGCCAGACAAGGCGCUCAAGUACUGCACCGCCAAAGCACGGCACAGCUGGACGAAGGAGAGGCGGGUCCUGCUGGUGAAGUCCUUUGAGAAGAAGAAGUGGGUGGUGGUUCGACCGCUGCCCUUCUCCCGCACGUACCCUCAGCAGUAUGACAUGUGCGUCCACGUCAUGAAACAGAAGAAGUGUCACUAUAUCGGGAACUGCUCCUUCGCCCACAGCCUGGAGGAGAGGGACGUCUGGACCUACAUGAAGAACAACAGCUUGAGAGACAUGCAGCAAAUGUACGACAUGUGGCUGGCCUUGACCAAUCAGAACCGACGGCCAGAUGGCACCUUGCUAACCCCGCCUCCCGAGGAGAAACCAAUCCCCAUGCCGAGCGACUAUGCUGAGCCAAUGGCUGGGCAGCGGCUGUCUGGAGGGGGCGAGCAGUGACUACGCCCACAGUGAGGAUGAGCUGGUGGAGUGACAGGAGAGGAGGGACUUCCUGCGGAGGAAAUUGGCCAAGGCCUGCGAGGACUUUCUUGUUGCCCCCCACCCCCCCUCCCCCCGCAACAACUGCGACUUUGGGAAGUACAAUUUCCUCCUACAGGACUGAGGCUUCUCCUGACAGGCACUCAAACACAGAUCGAUGGACAGAGCGUUUUACUCACUCGCACGUACGCACACACGCGCACUGGUAACCGACGCAAGGCUACUCACACAGCUGGAGCUGACAGGUCACACACACGCUGUCAUACGUGUGCACAGUGCUGUGAUACCGAAUACAGGACACACACACGCUGUCAUACGUGUGCACAGUGUGAUACUGAAUACAGGUCACACACACGCUGUCAUACGUGUGCACAGUGGUGUGAUACCGAAUACAGGUCACACACACGCUGUCAUACGUGUGCACAGUGCUGUGAUACCGAAUACAGGUCACACACACGCUGUCAUACGUGUGCACAGUGCUGUGAUACCGAAUACAGGUCACACACACGCUGUCAUACGUGUGCACAGUGUGAUACUGAAUACAGGUCACACACACGCUGUCAUACGUGUGCACAGUGCUGUGAUACUGAAUACAGAUCACACACACGCUGUCAUACGUGUGCACAGUGCUGUGAUACUGAAUUGAGAGCAUUUUGUUGGUGCUGACCAUUCACAGCGUUUCCCUAAGCCUUCCCUACAGCGCAGGUCUUAAAGCUCACUGCCCCCACUGACUAAAGGAAACAGCAGGUCACACAUUUACCUGGAGAAAUUCUCAGCUGUCAAUCAGACGUCCAAAUAUGGGUACAGUAGGCGGAGCCUCUCCCCUCCUUUCCCAGCAGGUGCAAUCGACCAUCGGGAGUUUCAUCCGCCCCUUAUUUUCUUUCUUUUCUCCUAAUUUAGCUAGACUAGAAUAUGCAUCGGCCCUUCCCGGGGGAGAGCACGGACCAGCACAGGCGGACCGCAGUGCUGCAGUUUGGCCAGAGGGUGUCGCUUUUUGCGCCGUCGUGCGGGGAAUAACCUGCCCACUGAAACCCUCCCUCCCUCCCUCUGUGAUGAUACGGCCAGCUAUGCGCUCUGGUUGUCACACGGUCAUAGUGAGUCACUCAGCCGUGCCCGCGCCGCGCUCUCCUGCUUUAUUUGAAAAUGCCCCUCCGCAACUUCGUGGUUUUAGCGCUCACUGGGUCAUGUGACGUAUGACACGUGCGCGCGUGCAGCCGCCCUGGGGAGUAAUGCAAGAAGCAAAUCGUAACGGCCGCAGGAAAGUAUGCGCUAACAAACGGAAUGUCCUGAAGUCUCCCGAAAGCCUUGCGGAACAUCCGGACGGCUCGCCUGUUUGUGCCGCGUCGCCUGUGACAGACGCACGCGCAGGCCGGUCCGAACACAGGAGCGCUUCAGUGCUGAGGGGGGAGGAGCCAAACGCGCACGGUCACACGGGUAACCGGAGACGCCUGCUUUGAGUUCAGUGCUGGCCCGUGCGUUCAUUCCUGCAAUAACUGCGCUGGCCUCAGUUCACCUUGCUGCUUUGGAGCUCUCCUGCCAUUUUUGUUGUGUUGUCGGAAUCCAGGUGGCGCAGCUUGCCAGCGUAACCCGGUAGGCGGCUCUGGCAGGCUCGUGCGCUGCACACUUGAAAUUGUUUGUGAUAUUUACAAUCGAAAUGUGAAUUCGAAAUGAACGGAGAAUGAAAAUUCUGCGUGCGUGCGUGCGUGUCAGUGCAAAGGAUGAAAUCUGUUACUCAGUGUAAUGAGUGAAGGUGCAGGAAGAGGAGGAGCUGAACAUUAUGUGACCCCACCCACCCCUUCUCUCCAGGAAGUGAGUUUAUUUGAGUGACACUGGAGGAGGAUGGGAACAGGAGCCCUGUUGAGGUGACAGUUGCUUUAGCCUGGGGCCAGUCAAGACAGGGGAGGAACAGCCCCCCCCCCCCACAGAUUCCCUUUAAGCCCUGAUGAGGAUUUUGAAGCAAUGAGCAGUACAGGGACGAUCAAAGGAAGGGAUUAACAAGAUCAUGUUCCCUCUUUAUCAUGUGCCUCUAAAUAUACUGGUACACAUAAAAUAUAUAGCCAGAAUGAGUCUUGCUCAGCUAAGCAAGCCACUCUUAUAUUCCCCCACUGUGGACUUUAUAUAUACGUGUUCAUCUAUACAAGUAUACAUGAUGCACACCCAUAUAUACAUGCAUAUUUACAAAAUGUGUAUACUAAGAAUAAUUGAUAACUUAGCCUUUGAAACUAAAUUAAAAAAAUAUAAUCUCAUAUUGUAUUGAUUACAUAGUAUCUCUUGUUAUUGAGCUACGGCAUAUGAACUAUGGAUAAUUUAGAUGGCUAGUGGUUUAUUAUUAAUUUUCUUUGCUUCUGUGAGUGUCAUUCCAGAAAUGGUGCUAUUGAUGCAGAGAGCACUGCUUGAACGGUGUUUAUGAGAGCGUGUGACCACGCCCGGCUGUGUGGUGAAAGGAAAGCACUGGCCUUGAUGUCUCUCUCCCACUCUGUUCUCCCACAGUGAGAGGCAGUCCGGUUAAUGGAACCUUGUGAUCUGGAAUGAACUAGCGUUUGAGUCUGGCGGUCAGCGUUUCAUAAGCAGGGCUCUACGCUGACAUUUUUUCCCCAGGAGGGCGUGUGCUCCUCGGUUGAAAAAUUUUAGGAGCAGACUAAUGAAUGCAAAUCGGUGGAUGUGCUCCUAAAUUAUUUUUCCAGGUGCCACACACAUCAGUUUUCAGGGAGCGAAUUCUCCUGAAAUGGAAGCACCGUAGAGCCCUAAUGGGCAUUUUGACUGGCGUCCGAGGCUUCAUUCAGCUUGAACAGUUUUAGAAUAUGCAGAAUAUGUUUUCAGAGGUUAAAAAAAAGAAAACUAUGGAAUUGCUAUCUUUUGGUAUGUGGGAGUUGAGCGUGUUUUUAGUAAUUCUGACAUCAUCACAGUACUGCCUCACUGACUUCCUGAGAAGGAAGGGUUAACCUUGCCACUGAGGGACAGGGAACUGUCUUUCAGUGGUUUCACUGAGCAGUGGGCAGCAAUUAUGUUUUGAAUAACUUUUAAGUAUCAAUAACGUGGGGGCCACAACAGCAUUAUUUAGAACUAGUAACAGCUAUCUAGUUGUAAUCACUUAAGCUAACUCAUGAGAGUAGAAUGACACCAACUGGAAUGACCUGUAUUAUUGCUUUAUUGGGGGAUCUUAUUGCUGUUGUUAUUACUAUUAUUAUAAUUAUGAUUACUAUAUUAACAUUUUUGUUCUCCUAUAUGCUAUCAAUAUGUAUAAGAUAAUUGCUAUGUAUAACUAUAAAUGUAACCAUGUAUGAAUACAAUAGUAAAUAGAUGUCUAUGUAUGCGUCUGAAGUUUGACAGCAGGGCAAAAACAAGUGGAUGCCUUUCAGCGAGCUGUAUGUAUUCAGAAUGUCUGUUUUAUAUACAAGCUGUCUAUACACUCCGUCACUGCUCUGUAGGAUAUAAGCCAGUGGCACAGUCAUACUCAUUAAAAACCUUUUUUUUAAAAAUAUUAAAUACACCCUUCAUUAGCCUGGGGUAAAUACUCUUUUCGAUAAAGGACAUUUUUGACACGUGGCACAGAAGGGCACCAGUGGUUAUGACAAAAUGACAAAAAAAAAUAAACAAGUCACCAUUUACGUUAUCACAUUGUAUUUUUCGUACAAGCCAUGGAAAGAAUGUUCUUAUAAGAUGGCAGGUACAUUUUCUGCAAUGAAAAGUGGGAGUAUUUUUCUUUUGUCUUAUGAGGAUAUUAUUUUCCAUUCUUAGUACAUGAAAGUACAGGAACCAACGUCAUGUUAACAAUGGCGCCAUAAACUGGCUUUUCAGUGUAAUUAAUAAGACAGCGGUAACAAUGGUAGGGAAAACAUGCAGGUUUUUGAAACGGAAACUGAACAAAAUUGGCAAAUCAAGCAAAUGUCAGGCAAACCGAAUAACACAGCCAUGUGUUCCCAAGACUUUAUAUUUGUAACUUCUUGUGCCCUUUCAGGCUAAUUUCAGAACGGUGUGCAUUUCCUAUUAAUGCUAGAGAGUUGGCUGAUGCUAGAAACUCAGGCCAGCGUUUGAUAUGGAAUUUAUUGUUGGAUUAAAAUGACUAUGAAUUUGAGACUGAACAAUAAAUUAUGUACCUACUGUCAGCAAUGGGCGUAAGAACAGAGCUGUUUACAGUGAUGAUGAGAAUGUAUGUUGGAAAUUUUUCCUUUGUGUGGAUUUUACAAACGGCAUUAUAUCAGCUGUGAUUGGACAGCUCAAAGCAUACAUAGAUAUCUAUGUACAACAGCAUAAUAACACCUAAUACAACGUGCAUAUAAAUAUAUAACUAAAAAUCAUAAUCUUCUUUCUCAAUAUAUGAUUAUAUAUACCUUAGACACAUAUAAAUGCAUAGAUAAGAGGUGACGUGUUAUUGGUGAUUUCUGACCCUUGUGUGUGGGUGUAUUUUGAGUCCCAACUUUGUUGAUGAUGUAACACCAUUUUAUUGCCCACCUUGAAUGGCUUGUGCUAAUGGGUGUGUGUUGCAUUGUCUCUAUUCCUGUAACGGCACACCAUAGGCCCCUCACUGGGCACGCUCGGAAAGACCGGAGAAACAGUGUUAAAAUAGCCGGGUCGGCAGGCAGUGUUAAGCUGGAGGCCACGUCUCCAAACGGCGAUUGUGAAGGACCAGUCUACCCUGAGCGCAGGUGGAAAAAUCCAUGUUCAGGAAGUAAAAGUCCUCCCCGGUGUUUUUGUUCCAGUCGCCUGGAUUUGCUCAUUGGCACACUCCUUCAGCCAGGAGGUGGAACAGGAUUUGUGAGACCAGCUGGCUGAGUUCACGGGUGGAAGAAACACAUGGCAGGGCAGUACAAGUACUUUCUGACCCCUGGACUUUCCACCUCUGCCACUCCCUGGCUCUUUGCAGAAGCCCGGGUGCGUACGCCCUGGGGACCUGUUGCAAUCUGCCCAGCUGUACUCCAGCACCUGAAGAGCAGCAGUUUCUCAGGUCUUUAAAAAACGGGGGAAAUGCGUAAAUAAAAAUGUAAGGGAAAACUUGCGUCAAAGUCUCUUCAAGGGUUGGAGACAAUUGCACACCAACACACUUUAGUACCAGCUUCACAAUUCAGUUGUUUUCCAUGUAUAUGCUAGGAUGGGUAAUUAUUUCCACCAGAUCAGAUAAUGGGUGUGAACCAGAGGUGUAAAAUAUGAAAAGAGGGAAAUGACUUUUUUCUUUUGUACUGUAUUUUUUCAUGAUUCUUUUUAUGUCUUUUCCCCUCUGUGGUUGGAAGUAAAUGAAACAGUGGAACAAAUCUUAUGGAAAUGUUUUUAGCAAUAAACCAGUUUUGUUUUAGAAA